UCUUCCUUCACAGUAAUGGCUAAGAUUUCUGUCAACCCACUUCUCCUUCUCAUCAGCAAGCGAUGUCACACAGUUGCGGCUGAGAGUGGAAGGUUGGGGACGGCUGAGACGGCGGCAAGGAAGGUGGAGGGACCACCAGAUCAGUCAGUGAGUGGAACUGUUACGGUGAAAGAGAAAGUGUUUUGGAUGAGAGAUCCAAACACCGGAAACUGGAUUCCUGAGAAUCACUUCGGAGAAAUUGAUGUUGCUGAGCUGAGGAACAAGUAUCUGUCCAACGCACAUAAGCUUACUCAAACCAAACUUGAUUAGCCUACCAGUACCUAACACACAUGCACCUAUCAAAUAUAAUUAUAUAUAUAUAUAUAUAUAUAAAUAUAUUAUGUUGCGUUUCCCUUAUAAUUACCAUUUUCAUAUCUAUACACUUCCGCUUUGAGCAACUAGCCAUCUGCAUCAUUGUUAUCAGCAAAGUCCAAGACCAGAUCAUAAAUGUAAUAAUCCAAUCACAUUAUAUAUAAAUUAUUCCCUAGCAAAUUGCAAAUUUAAUUUUCUCUUGCUAAUUAACCGAUCAUUUGCGUAGCUAAGCUGCUACUUGUUUUUCCGAUAAAUU